AGAGAGAGAGAGAGAGAGAGAGAGGAGAGCGCGCGCGCGUGAGACAUACCUGCACACAGACAUCGGCAAGAGUUGUCAGUCAGCGCGUGAGUGAGCUGCGGAAGGACUGCUUCGCAGACAUGUGGAGCCCCACGCACGUUCAGGUCAUUGUUCAACGUGCCAAGGGCCUCCUAACCAAAGGGAAAAAUAAGACCAACGAUUGCUUCGUGACGAUCGCCCUUGGCAAAGAGAAGUACCAGACGUCGGUGAAGGAAAAAGCCAGCGAGAAUGUGGAGUGGCACGAGGAAUGCGAGCUGCAGAUCCCGGAGCAAGGUAACACCGCUGAGAUCGUGCUCACGGCGCUGCACAGGAACUUCCUCAGCGUCGACGAGUUUCUCGGCACCGUGCGCAUACCGCUGGCCAGCUUGGACAUCUACGAGUUGCCCAAGAACAGAUGGUACGAGCUGACAAGCAAGCCAGGCAAAGAGAACACGAAGGAGCGCGGCAAGUUGGAAGUGCGCAUCGUGUUUAUCGUGCGCGCGGGAAGCUUGACCGACCUGACGAAAAAGGAGCGCCACAAAAGUUCGUUGGGCCAACUGUCGUCGGCGGCGCAAUCAUUCGGCGGAAGUUUGCUCAGUAUCGGCAGCCUCGAGAAGCGCAAAGGAUUGAAAAAACUAGCCAAGUCGAUCGGAAGUAAAGUCAAGGGGAAGAGUCGCAGUAAAAGCAAAUUGGACGACAUCUGUGACGAGGAAGAGUUCAGGGUCAGAGAAAGGCCACGAACGGCUGGACAAGAGCACGGCGAGGCUGAUCCUGGUGUUGUCAGCGACGAAGAUGACGACUUCACGUUCGACGACCUGUCGCACAAGAGCUCGACAUCGUCAUUAAACUUCUCGGCGCCGGCGGCGAACAACACCACAACUAGUAAUAGCACAUGGAACAAGAACAACGAGAAUAACAGUCGUAACGCCAGCGCGGAUACCGCUAAUAACGAACCUGUCGGCAAGCAGACGCCACCGAAACCACCGCGAUUCGCUCUUGGCAAUGGUAGUCCCAAAACCGAAGCUAAACCGCAUCCACCAGCGCCCGAGGAUGAGUGGGGACAGAAGCUCUACGGUAUACAGACUGGCAAUGCGCUCAAGAGGUGGGAAAACAAGCGAAUGAGUCCAAAAAUCGUGAUAGAGGAGCCCCGCGAAGCUAUCAACAAGUCAGACUCAUUGGAACGCAGCAACUCGCCAAUAACACGGUUACGCGGUGAGAUUACCAAUCAGCAGCAGCAGAUGUUGAGCAAUAAGAAAGAAAAAGAGAACAAAUACAAAAUCACACCCAGCAGGGAAAUCGAGAAGCACGACAAGAAGAAAGAGAAAAACAAUAAAUCUUCGUCCGAGAGAAUAAUCAUUGGUGGCGAAGAGACGAAAAUCAUUGAAAAUAACAAAGUCAAUAGUUCACAACGUGUCAAAUUGCCAAGAGAAAUUGUUGAACAGUUCGAGGGUAAAUCCAGAGAGGAUUUGAUCGAGUUGGUGAUGCAGUUGCAACGUGACGUGGCUGAUAAGAAAAAACGACUGCACGACCUUGAAGAUUACAUCGAUGGUCUACUUCUCAGGGUGAUCGAGUGCUCACCGCGACUUUUGCAAAAUCCAUAUCCAAACAGACGUCUUUCGUCGCCUGGACACCAGUGACAAGGUCUUCCCAACGACGCGCUCGCGCGUCGUUCAAAUACUGUACAUAGAUGAUAUUAUUUAAUUUCUUCACUAUUUUUUUACGCCCGUCCGACAAUUUGUAUUUCCCCUACUUCUAUAUCUACCCAUCGAGAGAGCCGAGCUUACUCGUGAAUCAUUUGUUUUUUCACAUUUUUAUUUUUAUUUGAUGACUCCGCGUAGUAAUGGAUCGAGUGAAAAUGUUGUUUAAUUAGUGAAGAAUUCUAUUCUAUUUCGUGAGAAUGUAAAAGCGUUGAACUUUUUAUCAGCGUAUUGUUGAACGUUAAAUUAGUGAAAUUUAAUUGUGUCAAUACUUUAAUGUGCUAAAAUUUCAUGGCAAGAAAAUUUUAAUUUAUUCGAGCCUGAAGUGAGAAAAUCCAUUAUCAUUCUUACAAAACAAUUGUAGUAUUUUUAUUCUUUGAAGUAAUGAUUUUAAUGAUUAUUAAAUUUUAAUUUUGAAAAUUCAAGUGCAAUUUUAUUAUUAGACUUUAACACGUUUAGAGUAACUUAUAUUUUAAGCCUACAUUAGAUUUAUUUCUGAGGUCUCGUGUGCAUCGUUCAAGAAAUCAAUGUAAAAAAAGAAAUUUUAAAAAUAGUUUUAAUUUACUUUGAACAAAAAUAUCUGAUCUUCUCAAUUUUAAACAAUGCUUAAAAGAACUGUUUUAAUUUAGAUUGCGUAGUCUUAUUUUUAUAUCAUAGAGAAAAAAUAUUGAAUCUUUAUCAUAAACAUACUUGCCUACAUCAUAUAUCCCUUGAUGUUUCUAUCACGUUGAAACAAUUGUAAUGAUGAUGAUAAUAUACUAAUAUCGACUGUCAAUUUUUCCACGAUAUAAUAUGCGUUGCAUAGUGUUGAUGGAAUGGAAGCAAUUACGGUAAUUGCUCGUGGGUCCAAUUUUGUUUAAAUCCCUUAGCAUCUAAUAUAUUAUAUAAA